AUGGAACCUUUCUUUCUUUCCUCUCUCUCAUUCAUCUUCCUACUUGUCUUCACUUUUUCUUCUGCUCAGAUGCCAGGUUUUGUGAGUUUGGACUGUGGAGGUGAUAAAAAUUUCACUGAUGAAAUUGGUCUUCAAUGGAGUCCUGAUGAUGGAAUUGCUUACGGAGAAAUAAGCGCGAUUUCGGUUGCGAAUGAGACACGGAAGCAAUACACGACUCUUCGAAACUUUCCUGCUGAUUCGAGAAAAUACUGCUACACACUUGAUGUUGUUAGCAGGACAAGGUAUCUACUGAGGGCAACAUUCUUGUAUGGAAACUUUGAUAACAACAAUGUUUAUCCGAAAUUUGAUAUUUCGAUUGGGGCUACUCAAUGGUCUACUAUUGUUAUAUCGGAUGCGAAUACGAUAGAAGUUAGGGAAAUUAUAUUUUUGGCUUCAAGUCCUACUGUUAGUGUCUGUCUAUCGAAUGCAACAACGGGGCAACCGUUCAUAUCUACGCUUGAACUUAGACAAUUCAAUGGUUCGAUUUAUUUUUCGUUCUACGAGGAACAUUUCUACCUCAGUGUCUCUGCAAGGAUAAAUUUCGGCGCAGAGAGUGACGAGGAAAUCAGGUAUCCCGAUGACCCGUUUGAUAGAAUUUGGGAGUCAGAUUCUGUCAAGAAAGCAAAUUACCUCGUCGAUGUUGCUGAUGGAACUGAGAAAAUUUCCACCAAUGUAUCCAUUGAUGUCAACAGAGAUGAAAUGCCACCGUUGAAAGUAAUGCAGACAGCGGUAGUAGGUACGAAUGGAUCUCUAACGUACCGGUUGAACUUGGAUGGUUUUCCUGCUAUUGGACGAGCGUACAGCUAUCUUGCAGAGAUAGAAGAUUUUCCUAAAAAUGAAUCAAGAAAAUUCAGGCUAGUACUUCCAGGCCAGGCGGAUAUUAGUAAAGCCGUGGUAAAUAUCGAAGAGAAUGCGCUAGGAAAGUAUCGUGUUUAUGAACCUGGGUUUACCAAUAUAUCGCUACCGUUUGUAAUGUCGUUUAAGUUAGGAAAAACAGCUGAUUCUUCUAGAGGUCCUCUUCUAAAUGCCAUGGAGAUUAAUAAGUAUCUAGAGAAAAACGAUGGCUCCCCCGAUGGAGAAGCUAUAUCUAGUGUGCUUUCUCAGUACUCUUCAAAAGAUUGGGCAAACGAAGGGGGUGAUCCGUGUUUACCUGUCCCGUGGUCGUGGAUCCUAUGUAGCUCAGAUAAACAGCCGAGAAUAGUUUCGAUUUUGUUGUCUGGGAAAAACUUGACGGGCGAUAUUCCUUUGGACAUCACUAAAUUGACUGGUCUGGUUGAACUAUGGCUUGAUGGAAAUAUGCUGACAGGCCCGGUACCAGAUUUCACCGGAUGCACGGACUUAAAGAUCAUUCAUCUUGAGAACAAUCACUUGGCAGGUGUGCUGUCAGCCUCUUUGGGGAACCUUCCGAAUUUGAGGGAACUGUACGUUCAGAACAACAUGUUAUCCGGAACUGUACCGUCUGAACUUUUGAGCAAAAAUUUGGUUUUAAACUACUCUGGAAACAAUGAUCUUCACAAAGGAAGUAGAAAAAAAGACCAAUUGUAUGUGAUUAUUGGUUCCGCAUCCGGAGCCGCCAUUUUACUUUUAGCUACUAUUAUAUCUUGCUUGUUUAUGCAUAAAGGAAAGAAAAAAUAUUAUGGUCAAGACCACCUUAUUUCACUCUCUACGCAAAACAUCGAAUCUAAAAGUGAUGGUCAUGCAGAAGUUGCUCACUGCUUCAGUUUUUCUGAAAUUAAAAACUAUACGAAUAAUUUCGAGAAAAAAAUAGGUUCCGGAGGUUUUGGAGUUGUUUACUAUGGGAAACAAGCAAAUGGAAAAGAGAUAGCAGUUAAAGUUUUAACUAGUAAUACCUAUCAAGGCAAAAAAGAAUUCUCUAAUGAGGUGAGUCUUUUGUCAAGAAUACAUCACAGAAACCUGGUGCAGCUUCUCGGUUAUUGCCGAGAAGAAGGAAACAGUAUGCUUAUUUAUGAAUUCAUGCAUAACGGAACUCUCAAGGAACAUCUUUAUGGCCCGUUAACACGCGGGCGGAGUAUCAAUUGGAUUCAGCGGCUUGAGAUCGCCGAAGAUUCUGCGAAAGGGAUUGAGUAUCUUCACACAGGAUGUGUGCCUGCAGUUAUCCACAGAGACCUAAAAAGCAGCAACAUUCUUCUAGAUAGACACAUGAGAGCUAAGGUUUCGGAUUUUGGUCUUUCGAAACUCAAUGUUGACGGAGUCUCCCAUGUAUCUAGCAUAGUUCGGGGUACAGUGGGAUAUCUGGAUCCCGAGUACUAUAUUUCUCAGCAGUUGACUGACAAGAGUGAUAUUUAUAGUUUUGGAGUAAUUCUUCUUGAGCUUAUAUCAGGUCAUGAAGCAAUAUCUAAUGACAGUUUUGGUGCUAAUUGCAGAAACAUAGUCCAAUGGGCAAAGUUGCAUAUUGAGAGUGGUGAUAUACAAGGUAUAAUUGAUCCAGCAUUACGCAACGGCUAUGAUCUACAAUCAAUGUGGAAAAUAGCCGAGAAAGCAUUGAUGUGUGUUCAACCUCAUGGACACAUGAGGCCAUCGAUUUCAGAAGUUGUGAAGGAAAUUCAAGACGCAAUUGCGAUUGAAAGAGAGGUGGAGAGUGUUUCGGACGAGAUGACGAGAAAUUCUGUUCACUCUUCGAUUAACAUGGGUUCUAUGGAUCUUGCUGUGACGGAGAAUUACCUUGCCAUCGAUGAUUCCAUUGCACGGCCUACUGCAAGAUAG